CGGGUCCGCCCGGCUUCCAUGGCCCCUCGUGGUUUCGGCCGGAGUCACCUUGCGAGUCGCUGCUGUCGCCGAAGGUGAGGUGCCCGCGUGUGGAGUCGGAGGUCCGGAGGUCCCGGGCCGCGAGGACGUCGCCAUGCCUAAAGCACCAAAGGGAAAAAGUGUAGGGCAAGAAAAAAAAGUCAUCCAUCCAUAUAGUAGAAAAGCGGCUCAAAUUACAAGAGAGGCCCACAAACAAGAAAAAAAGGAAAAACUGAAGAAUGAAAAGGCGUUGCGUCUCAACCUUAUUGGUGAAAAACUGCAGUGGUUUCAAAAUCAUCUUGAUCCCAAGAAAGUAGGAUAUUCAAAGAGAGAUGCUUGUGAAUUAAUUGAAAGGUAUUUAAAUCGGUUCAGCAGUGAGCUGGAGCAGAUUGAGUUACACAACAGCAUCAAGGCCCGGCAGGGCAGGCGGCACUGCUCUCGGGAGGCGGUCAUCAAACAGACCAUGGAGCGGGAGCGGCAGCAGUACGCGGGCUACGGCCUCGAGAUUCCAGACAUUUUAAAUGCAGGUAAUCUGAAAACUUUUAGGGAAUGGGAUUUUGAUCUGAAGAAACUGCCAAACAUAAAAAUGAGAAAAAUCUGUGCUAAUGAUGCAAUAUCUAAGAAGUGUAAGAAGAAAACUGUUACAGCUGUAGACAGAGAUUUAGGGAAAUUGGAACUGAAAGAUGAAUCAAGUGACACAGACGAGGAAAUGAGUGCAGUGGCCUGUCUUUACUUGAGUUAAAAAUAAAUAAUUUGA